AUGCCUCGUUCACGCGGUGGUGCCGGGCCUUCCCGAUCUGCUCCUUCAAGGCCAACGGCUCCUGCUCCAGCUUCUCGACCUGUAGCGCCACAGCAGCAACAUCGGCCCAUGUCAACUGCAACGACAGCGCCUGCUCAACAAGCUCAUCCCCCUGCUCAGACAUCGCAAGGACCAGGUCUCUUUGGUCAGAUGGCAAGCACAGCAGCUGGCGUUGCCGUCGGGUCCUCAAUCGGCCAUGCAAUCGGCGGUUUCUUCGGUGGCGGCUCUUCCUCUGCUCCUGUCGAACAAGCUCAGCAACCUACCGAUGCCUAUGCACAUACCGGAAAUGCGAUGGACAACCGAUUGUACAGCCAAAGCUCAUCCACCGAGGCCGCCGGGCCCUGUGCCUCCGACAUCAAGAGCUUCACCGAUUGCAUGAACCAGAAUCAGGGCAAUAUGACAAUCUGCGGCUGGUACCUUGAACAGCUGAAGGCUUGCCAACAAGCUGCUCGACAAUAUUAA